UGUAAAAUAUUAACAGGAAGUGUGUGAUUUCUCACUCCGCCUGGCUUUACACUUGUGGUGGAGGAGGGCGGUGUGUUCCACCGGGGACAGUCCCGUUGAGUGGAGCGGCAGCACGGACGGACAUUUUCAUCCAGAAGCGAAACAAAUACAGCAAAAUAAAGAAGAAGAAAAAGAGCAGAAGAAACUUAACCAGUCUUUCUUGCUUGAGGUCAAAGUUCAACAGUCAUCAUGGCCGACGAAUCAGACAUGCGCAAUGAGCUGGCAGACCUGCAGACACGCGCAGACCAGAUAGCUGAUGAUUCUCUGGAGAGCACUCGGCGUAUGCUGGCUCUGGUCGAGGAGAGUAAAGAUGCCGGCAUCAGGACUCUGGUCAUGUUGGAUGAGCAGGGAGAACAACUGGAGCGCAUCGAGGAAGGAAUGGACCAAAUCAAUAAGGACAUGAAGGAUGCAGAAAAGAAUUUGAACAAUCUAGGACAGUUCUGUGGUCUAUGUUCAUGUCCCUGUAACAAGAUUAAAGGUGGGGGCCAGGCCUGGGGAGCGAACCAGGAUGGAGUGGUGAACAGCCAGCCAGGGGCUCGAGUGAUGGACGAACGUGAACAGAUGGCAAUCAGUGGGGGCUUCAUCCGCAGGGUAACAGAUGACGCCCGGGAGAACGAGAUGGAUGAGAACCUGGAGCAGGUGGGCGGUAUCAUCGGCAAUCUGCGUCACAUGGCCCUGGACAUGGGUCAGGAGAUCGACACCCAGAACCGCCAGAUCGAUAGGAUCAUGGAGAAGGCUGAUUCCAACAAGACCAGGAUUGACGAGGCCAACCAGCGUGCUACAAAGAUGUUGGGCAGUGGCUAAACUGCAACGAAAAAGUGCUUUUCAUCCCUCUUCAACCCCAAUCACCCUAAAAAAAUAACAACCAACCAAACCCAGCCCCCCGACACCAAUGCCCGACGCCCGCUUCCUAUGCUCGACAGCAGGCGUUGCAAAACCAUGCUUUUAUUGUGAUACUUGUAGAGGUUUGCACACAUGCACAUAUCAUACAUUCCUCUGCCCCCCCACCCCCCCACCCCAUCCCCGAUGCCCAUCACUUCCCUCCCUCCCCCUUGUUGUCAAUGUUGAUCUGUGAUGUUGCUCUUUUGAUUUUGUUAAGAAAUAAUAGUUCUGUUACACAUCAUCCACUCAAACUGUCUCCACUCUGUACAUAGUGCUUCUUAAAUGGCUUCAUGGACUUAGAUCAUGUGUCCUGUUUUCUUUUUUUUUAAGUCUGUGUGUAAUAUAAACUGUAUGUACACCUUGUUCCCUGAUGUCCUUCCCCCCAUGUCCAUAUUCUGGUGUUGCCCAUGUAAGACACACUUUGUAUUCAUCAGUUAAGAUGUUGUGAUGCUACAUGAUAAGACCACAGUGAUUUGCAGUGAAUAUAGUGAACAUACAGCCCUCACAGCUUGAAAGCAAGGCCACUGUUUCAAUAUGUUUCAUGUUGAUGUGGAGCCGCUCAGAUCUUAAUAACAUCAUGGGACACACUGUUAACUAUUUGAGCCAAUCGGAUGAACACUUUGUUCCUGACUGUUACCACACCGGUAUUUUACCAACUCUAUUAACAGAGCAGUAUUAACACAAUUUGAUGCCAUUGAUUGUAUAGUAUAUAUAUUUUUUCCUCAGGGAGCUAAAUCUAACCAUUCAAAAGCAAGGGUUGAAUAUUCAAUUGAUUUGUUGUAAUUAAUCAAAUAUGUAUCAUAAGACUCAAUGCAUAUGCAAAUAUUUAACAUUUAGUUGUGGUCCAAACAGCAAUGUUGAUGGGACUCAAGAGAAAUAUUGGGCAUUAACCAUAAAAGCUAACAUUAUGAUUAAGAUGGAGCUUUGCUAAAGGUCACAGAACAACAGCAACCAAUUCAACUGUCUGCUUAAGUUACAGGGGGGGUCACAACCUCUUCACGUCCGAGGCCAGACUGCUUUACCCAUGAUUCAACCCAAGCAACAUUAAGUAGUAGUGCAUUAAGUGUGUUAUGCAUGUCCAUCCGCUGCUAGAAGACACUGAAUAAUUCAUUUAUUCAGACAGAAAUAUCUUAACAUGGCAAUCGCAUGCUACAUAUGUAGGCCACACAGAAGAGAGGCCCAUAUUUAUCUGCAAGAGUGCCACUCUUUUUGUUUCAUGCCUCUUUACCUUUCCAGACUGUGACCGUCACUGUAAAAUAAUACCUUGGAAAAUGCCAAUAAAACCAUCAUAACUGUAGAACCAAA